AUGGCAAGUCGAGCCACUAAGAGCACCACUAGCACUGCUAAAGUUGCUGAAGCUACAACGCAAUCUGCUAGUAAGUCUUCUACUCAGCCCCAUGUUUCGAAGCAACCUGCUACAUCCGAAAUACGUUGCUAUUCUUGUGGGGAGUUGCGUCAUCGUGCUAGCAAUUGUCGAAUCAAUAAGAAUCGACCAGCUGGUAAAGCCUUCUUGGUGGAUAAUGAUUCUGAUGAGAAUGCUGAGGAUCCACUUGAAGAGGAGUUGAACAAUGAUGAAGAAGCUGCGGAUGAUGAACAAAUAGUGCAUGCCGACACUGGCGAACUUCUUAUGGUGAGGAAAUUUUUUCUUACUCCUCGAGAUGACACUGGAGAUAGGUGGCUGCGUACCAAUAUUUUCCAUUCUGCUUGCACAAUCAUGGGAAAGAAAGGCGCUGAGGUAACUAUUUCGAAACGAUGCCUUGUUAAUUUGUCCAUUGGUUCUGUUUAUAAUGACAAGAUAUGGUGUGAUGUUCUGCCGAUGGAUGCUAGUCACAUUAUUCUUGGUCCACCAUGGCAAUUCGAUAGGAGGACUACACAUGACGGUUAUCGUAAUACAUAUUCUUUUGAAUAUGGAGGCAAGAAAAUUAUGUUGGCACCUAGUAGGGAACCUUUGAAAACUCUUGUAGUUGAGAAUUCCUUCUCCCCUACGUUGCUUGCAAUGAAGGAUAUGAAGGAUGCUUUGAAAGGAGUUCGUAUCUUGUAUAUUUUGCUCAAUAAAAUAGGUGAGAAGAAUGAAAUUGCCUCUGUUGUACCUCAUCGAGUUCAACCUCUUUUGGAAGAGUUCAUGGAUGUCUUCCCGAUGGACUUACCCAAUGGUCUCCCUCUUAUGAGAGAUAUUCAGCAUCAAAUUGACUUGUUGCCCAGAGCCUCUUUGCCGAAUCUCGCUCAUUACCGGAUGAGUCUGACCGAACAAGAGGAAUUGCAUCGACAAGUUAUGGAGCUAUUGAACAAGGGUUUUAUAAGGGAGAGCCUUUGUCCAUGUGCCUUUCUAGCUCUUUUAGUGCCUAAGAAAAAUUGUACUUGGAGGAUGUGUGUCAAUAGUAGAGCGAUCAACAAGAUCACCAUCAAGUAUCGAUUUCCUAUUCCUCACCUUGAUGAUCUCUUAGAUCAACUUUUUGGUGCAAAUAUAUUCUCGAAGCUGGAUUUGAAGAGUGGAUAUCAUCAAAUUAGAAUCAAACCCGGGGAUGAAUGGAAGACAGCAUUCAAAACGAAAGAUGGGCUAUAUGAGUGGUUAGUCAUGCCAUUCGGAUUGUCGAAUGCACCAUCGACAUUCAUGAGGUUUAUGACUCAGGUGUUGAAGCCUUUUCUAGGAAGGUUUGUUGUUGUUUAUUUUGAUGAUGUCUUGAUUUUUAGCAAAUCUACUGAUGAACACUUGCAGCAUCUUGAGAUAGCUAGUACGAGUACCUAG